UCUCGCCCUGGCAACAUGGUGCGGAGGCGCGCUGCGCGUAGGGAGCCUCAGGUGCCCGAGGCCACGCGCGGCUCGAAGGCUAAGGGCAAGAGCGCGGCCCGGCGAGGGAAGCAGGAGGAUGACUUUGAAGACGAGGAACCAAAGCCCCCGAAGAGGAGUCUUCCCUCACCAGCUUCACAAGGAAACAGGAAGAGAGGCCGCAGUGGUGCCAGGGCCACAGCCGGCGGUCCAGCCAAGAAGAAGGCAGUGGCCACGGUGACUGUCAAGUCUGAACGCCUGCAGGCGGUCAAGGCCGAGCCCCUCAGUGACGAUGACUUCAGGGACUGUCCCAGCGACCCUGGGAAGGUACGUCGCCCGGGGAGAGGGGUUCCCUCCGGCAAAGGCAGUGACAAGGACGAGGACGAGGAGGAGGAGGAGAGUGAAGAUGACUGGGAAGAGGUUGAAGAACUCUCCGAGCCUGUGCCGGGAGAUGUGGGCGAGCAGCCUGCUGCCUCGCGGUCCCUUGUGCCUGCGGAUGCGGUACAGAUAGAGAUCGAGACACCAGAGCAGGUGAAAAUCCGAGAGAGAAGUGAGAAGAUGAAAAUGGAAUUUGAGACUUAUGUUCGGCGGGCAUUGAAGCGUUUUCACAAGGAGGUCCAGGAGAACACACACAAGGUUCACCUUCUGUGCCUGCUGGCAAAUGGCUUCUACCGGAACAGGGUCUGCAGCCAGCCUGAUCUGCACGCCAUUGGCCUCUCCAUCGUCCCUGCUCGCUUCACCAGAGUGCCCCCUGGAGACGUGGAUAUGUUGUACCUCUCCAACCUGGUGAAGUGGUUCGUGGGGACGUUUACCGUGAACACAGAGCUGUCAGCCAGUGAGCAUGACGGCUUGCAGACCACGCUGGAGCGGAGAUUCGCCAUUUACUCGGCACGAGAUGACGAGGAGCUGGUGCACAUCUUCUUGCUGAUUCUCCGGGCCCUGCAGCUCCUGACGCGACUGGUGCUGUCUCUCCAGCCAGUCCCCCUGAAGCCUUCAGGGGCCCAGGGAAGUAAAUCUUCCAGGAAGAGGUCCACAGAAGGCCCUGGGGGAGCCACAGAAACUUCCAGCCCGACUCCAGAAACCAGCAGCCAGCUGAGGACCAACACAACAGCCGCAGCGGAGGAGGCCUCUUUGAAAGGCCCCAGCAAGCCUGGCACCAAAGGGAAGAGGGGCAAGGUGGCUGCAGGCCGCAGGAAGCGCCAGGAGACCUCCUCCAGUGAGGAGGAAGUGGGCAGCCAGGAGCAGCCAAAGCAGGGUGGCCGGAGGAAGCCACAGGGCCGGCGGAGGCGUGUGGCCUCGCGGGUGUCAUAUAAGGAGGACAGCGGAAGUGACGGGUCCAGCAGUGGCUCUGACUUUGAGCCCUCCAGUGGAGAAAGCCAGCAGCCCUCUGAUGACAGUUCUGGACCUGGCCGCACAAGGUCGCGGAAGGCCCUGGCUCCUCAGAGAGCAAAGGCCAGACCCAAGCCUGGUGCCAGGACCCAAGGUGAAGGCCGCCGCAAGCACCCAGCCCUCCCAGGGGAAUCGCCAAGCUCUUCAGGUGGCACUGGCAGCAGGAAGACAUCCGGUGACACCAAGGGGAAGGAGAGAGGGCCAUUAGCCGGUGUAGACCAGUGGCUGGAGGUGUUUUGUGAGCAGGAGGCCAAGUGGGUCUGUGUGGACUGUGUGCAUGGGGUGGUGGGCCAGCCUCUGACCUGCUACAGGUUCGCCACCAAGCCCCUCAGCUAUGUUGUGGGCAUCGACAAUGAGGGCUGGGCCCGGGAUGUCACCCAGAGGUAUGACCCGGCCUGGAUGACAGCGACCCGCAAGUGUCGCGUGGAUGCUGAAUGGUGGGCUGAGACCUUGAGACCGUACCGGAGCCCGCUGCUGGAAAGGGAAAAGAAAGAAGACUCCGAGUUUCAGGCAAAGCACUUAGACCAACCUCUGCCCACUUCCAUUGGCAUCUACAAGAACCACCCUCUGUACGCCCUCAAGCGGCAUCUCCUGAAGUUCCAGGCCAUCUAUCCCGAGUCAGCCGCCAUCCUGGGCUACUGUCGGGGGGAAGCUGUGUACUCCAGGGAUUGUGUACAUACCCUGCACUCGAGGGACACGUGGCUGAAGCAGGCGAGAGUGGUGAGGCUUGGAGAAGUUCCCUACAAGAUGGUGAAAGGCUUUUCCAACCGAGCCCGCAAAGCCCGGCUUGCCGAGCCCCAGCUGCAUAACCAAAACGACCUGGGCCUGUUUGGCCGCUGGCAAACCGAGGAAUACCAACCCCCGGUGGCCGUGGACGGGAAGGUACCCCGGAAUGAGUUCGGAAACGUGUACCUCUUCCUGCCCAGCAUGAUGCCCAUCGGCUGUGUCCACCUGAACCUGCCCAAUCUGCACCGUGUGGCCCGUAAACUCGACAUCGACUGUGUCCCGGCUGUUACAGGCUUUGAUUUCCACGGAGGCUAUUGUCAUCCUGUCACUGAUGGUUACAUAGUCUGCGAGGAGUUCAAGGACGUGCUGCUGGCUGCCUGGGAGAAUGAGCAGGCGCUCAUUGAGAAGAAGGACAAAGAGAAAAAGGAGAAGCGUGCUCUGGGGAACUGGAAGCUGCUGACCAAGGGACUGCUCAUCAGGGAGCGGCUACGGCUGCGCUAUGGUGCCAAGAGCGAGGUGGUGGCUCCCCACUCAGAUGCCAGAGGUGGCCUUUCGUCUGAUGAAGAGGAGGGGACCAGUGCUCAGGCAGAAGCGGCCAGGAUCCUGGCUGCGUCCUGGCCUCAGAACCGAGCAGCUGAAGAAGAGCAGAAGCCCCAGGGCGCCAAGAGCAGAAGGGGCCGGAAAGCAGCGGCUUCCCACCUGUUUCCCUUUGAGAAGCCCUGAGAUGAGGGCCACCUCAUCGUCACGCUGCCACUGCAGGUCCUGUGCCUGCCCUAGGAACGCCCAGGCCUUGGUGGAGGGGUCCUCUUUUGAAAAGGCAGGGAGAAACUGGGCCCUGCAGCCAGGGGCCAGGGCCCAGGAAGCUGGGUGGAGGUCACGCUGUGCAUCUGGCUGGGCCUUAGCCCUCUUUGCGGUCACCCACGGUCUAGCUUCCAAGCUAUUGGCUGUUCGGGCACACUUGGAGCUGUGGCUACUUCCCAGCGGGCACUGUCCUGCUCCCAGGCCUUGUUCUCCCAACUUGGGGAGUGUGGUUGGCUUUUUUGUAGGGCUUCCGGAAAGGCUCAGAGGGUGGUGCCCCAGGAACACAGCGCUCCUUUCUCCGCGUUGUUCUGGUCAGAUACCUGUGUGCUUGCUGCUGCUGCUGACCUGGGGCCCCUCUGCCACAGGAAUCCGCAUUCCUGAUGCCACUAGUGCUGCCUUUUUGCAGGGAGAGAGUGAUUGAGGAGUGCAGGCCACCCUGUGGGUGGCACUGCUGGGAUCUGCUGUCUGCAGAGCCAAAAUUAGGAGUGAGAUCAGUGUUAAAGUACAUUCUCAUUCAAUGCUGGAUAAACUGACAGAGCUUUACACACCAUAGAUACUCAGGAAAGAACUUUUAUAACAUUUUGGAAAAAAAAAAAUAAAGCAUUUAUCUAAAAGGA